AUGUUGGAGCAUCGGAGGCGGCGCAGAGGUGCGUCCUGGGUCCCCGCGGCGGCGCCGGUAGGUUGGAGCCGCGGGCCUAGCCGCGCCGCGGAGUGGCGGCCCGCGAGGAGGCAGGGCGGAGGGCCCGGGCGGCUGACGCUUCCCGGACCCGCGUUCUCUCCUGGUUUGGCCCAGGCUCCCACCCCUCCCCCAUCAGCAACCCCACCCUGGGGCUGCGCGGUCCGGGUCGAGCUAGGACGGCCCACCCUACAUAUUUCAUUGCCGCUGUGACCCCUGCCCCGCCUUCUCCUUUUGGGCUCCUGGGACGCGGAUUCCUAGCCAAAGGGUCCCGAUAUGCCCCUUGACACCAUUCCACUUGUCUGGCGCCUCACCCGACCCCAUCUUUGGUGAGCCUCCCCUGCUGGCCCAGAGGCACUUGUGAAGGCAAGUUCGGGGCCCGGCUGCGUCCUGUUUCCGAAGCCUCUUGAAAGCCAAGAAGACCCUUACCAUGGGUUCCCACUGACCUAGGCGAAGAGCCCCGGGGUCAUCCUAGUAUCAGCGCCGGGAGUUGCAGGUGCCAAGUGCUGAUUUACGGAUACCUAGGCAGAUCUGCAGUGCCUAAUGCCAUGAGUGUGGUGGUGCAGCAUGUGGAGGAAAAAGCUGUGCACUCCUGGUCGCGCAUCUCCACAGCAGGAAAGAAGGCCCUGGAAGAGGCGCUGCUUGUCUUUAACCCCAUGAGCCAGGAUCUCAGUGCCACAGAGGCCCAGCUUGUGGCCUUUCUACAGGGUCUGCGAGAUGAUGGCUUCCAACCUACCAUUCUGCGCAGUGGUGAUGUCUAUGGGUAUAGUUCAUGUACAGCCAACCCUCCAAGCCAGACGAAACUACAAGCUCGUGCCCCCAUCCCAGCUACCACAUCACCUCCAGCCAGUGCUCCCCGAACUGCCAUUCAGCUGCCCUCAGGCAGGGCCACAUUGCUCCCCAUGCCACUGUCUGGCAGGCUGGCCAAAGGGUCCACACCAACCCUCACCAAACAUGCUACCACCAAUCUGCUGCUGAGCUCCCUGAAGCAGUCAAGUGCCAGCCGUGCCAAGGGUGCAACAGUGGGCUUCCCUGCUCACCUCUAUCCAAGUGUCUACCCUGCUAUGCGGCUUUCAGUUGUCCUUGAGGCUCUGGUUCCACUCAAGACUCCCAUGCCUUGCUUAGGUGCUAAGCACAAGGCACAGUCACUAAGACUUUCACUUGCAGACUCUCCCCUGAAAUUGCGGAAAGGUUCAGGGAAGGGUCCAGGGAACCCCCAGCCCAAAGCUCCCAGAAAAACGAACAAGGGCCCCAAGUGUCUGACUCGCAAAGGCCCUGGGGCUGGACCCCAACGAGGCACUGGGCUCCAGAGCAAGACUUACAGAACCACUGGUUCUCUCAGUGAUCUGCAAAUGAAAGGGGGCUCUGCCCUGAGCACUAAAUCAGACCAGGCCAAGGCAGCUCAAACAGUGUCCAAAGCUGCCUAUGCCCAUGCCAACGUGAUUCGAACACAGGCCAAGGCAGCCAAAGCUGAUGCAGCACAAGUCAAGGCUAAGGCCAAGRCAGUGCAGGCCAAGGCCAAGGCAGUCAAGGCCAAGGCCAAGGCAGUGCAGGCCAAGGCAGUCAAGGACAAGGCAGUUAAGGACAAGGCCAAGGCAGUUAAGGCCAAAGCAGCUCAGACCCAGCCCAAGGGCAGGGGCAGGCCAAAGGGAUCUGCUCAGGCCAGAACUGCAAGGAAGGGCCAGAAAACCUACUCUGAGACUGUGGGGCAGAAGAGGAAAAGGGCUGAGGAAGCAAAGGACCUUCAUCCUAAGAAGAGAACACGGCUGGGGCCCCGAUCUCCUAAGUCAUGGCUGGGGCCAGCAACAGCAAAGCUCCUAAAGUUCUGGGCCAUAAAGGUAGACAGGCAGUCCUCAGAUGAUGAGGUUCGACAGCGGGCCCAACAGAUACUCCGUGUGAACCUGUCUCCUAUAAUAUGGCUCCAGCCAUUGCUGCCAUACUCAACAGCCUGAUUCCUUCAUACAGCAAUGUUUGAGAAAACAGCCCAACUGUGUGUGUGGCCAUUGGCACAGUGUGCCAUGCCUGUGGACUCUGCAACUUUGAGGAUUCUGGGUACCUCUCCAGGGCCCCUGUGGCUGCCAGUCUCCUUUCAGAAACUGGAGGAUUUGUGGUGGGGUGGGUAGUGGGAGGGGUGUUCUUAUGGCGCAAUGCACUGUGACUUGUUCUUCAAGCUGUAUGUCCACUGUUCCAUCUAUCAUGUUUUAUACCUUUCCACCUUCCAGUCUUCCUGCCCACCCUCCAUGGUCUUUUAUUGUGUGUGUGGCUGCUGGCAAGCCAGCUUGAGCAUAUAGGGAAAGUUGUCCCAGUCGGUUUGAGUGAUGGGGUAGGAAGGCAUAAAGGGGAAGCAUAGGCCCCUCUGGAAAGACUAGUGGGAAUUUGGAUACUGGCUUCUGUGGGUAUGUGAGA